ACACACAUACACACACACACACACAAGUUGAAAGUCCGUUGAAGUAAGUUGUAAACCAUGACACAAACACAUCCAUAAAGGCCUCCCUCAUUCAACGACACAAACAGCUUGCCAAGUGCAAACUCAUGCACCCACACGCAUGCUUUGCUUAGACUGUACACUCUGAAAACUUGCUUACAGACACACACACACACACACACACACUGAAUAUAAAAGUUUCCUGUUCAAACUCUUGGUGGUGUGUCAUCAGCAUAGCUCUCGAUUAGUCAUCAAGUGCCUCCAUCGGUGAAUGCAUGGCGCUGAAGGUGAACAGCGCAUGAUAUUGUUGUGCACAAUAAAGAAAGGGAGAGAUCACCGGAACACAUAGAUGUGGACGGGUAAUCGGAACCGUGGUGGAAUGACCUUUUUCACAUGGAUGAAAAUGCGACGGCAUAGGGUGUUCUUGCUUUGCACGGUGGGCCUGUGUGUCAUCUCCUUCCUGCACUACUACAAGGCGCUGCACUACGUGUCGCUGCUGCGCGAGCUCUCCGCCCCCUACCCCAACAUCAAGUCCUUCAUCAUGGUCACCGGCUUCUUCUGGAGGGAGAGGGCCACGCCUCUGGCCAGCGCCGUGCCCGAGGAGGGGCCGCCGCUGGACCUCAGGCCCUCGGACACCAAGCCCCGGGCCGGGGAGCACAUGGAGGGUGAGAGGAUGAUGGGAGGGCUUGAUGACCCGGGGGGGCUAGUGAUGGAGGUGGGGGAGGAUCCUGGAGUGCCCAGACCGUGGGGGAGGCCUGAGGAACCACCACACCGGGAUCCUGUUGGCAUUGAAGAGAAAAAUGAGCGCCAGAAGGUGACGCCCUGGCACCCCAAUCCCCCAGUAGUUCGUCUGAGACCGGAGGCUCCGCACGUGGUGGUGGAGGUGGAAGAACUCGACCCCACGACGGCUCCUACCCCCGACCCGAUCGAGUCCAUGGACGACCUCCACAGCCGCAUUCACCACCUCCAGAACGACCGCACGCCCUACUUUGUGCGCACCAAAGCCGGCGCCCUGUGCUUCCGGCAGGGGACCGAAGUAGCGCCCCCUGGUGGCCAGGCCAAAGUGGCAGGCCCCACAGCAGCAGCAGCAGCAGCAGCGACCAAACACGGUCAGCGGCAGCUCCUCCAGCAGCCCAUGCACCCCCAGCUUCAACAGCAGCAGCAGCAGCAGCAGCAGCCACAGCUGCAGUAUCCCCCCGAGGAGCAGGCCGGCACUCUGCGCGCCAAGCCCAGGCGCGGCAAGCGGCUGGUGAAGUGCGUGUGCCGGCCCGGCUGGCACGGGCCCUACUGCGGCGUGCCCACCAUGGUCUACCACUCCAACCUGCCCACCAAGGAGCGGCUGACGCCUCGCGAGACGCCCCGGCGCGUCAUCAACGCCAUCAACGUCAACCACGAGUUCGACCUGCUGCACGUGCGCUUUCACGAGCUGGCGAGCGCCGUGGACCUUUUCCUGGUGUGCGAGUCGAACUUCACGGCGUACGGCGACCGGAGGCCGCUGCGCUUCCUGCGCCUGCUGCUCAACGGCACGUACGACUACAUCCGCCACAAGAUCCUCUACGUCUUCCUCGACCACUUCCCCGACGGCGGGCGGCAGGACGGCUGGAUCGCCGACGACUACCUGCGCACCUUUCUGACGCGCAACGGCGUGUCGCGGGUGGCGGGCCUCCGGCCGGACGACGUCUUCCUCAUCAACGACGCCGACGAGAUCCCGGCCCGCGAGGGCAUCCUCUUCCUCAAGCUGUUCGACGGCUGGACGGAGCCCUUCGCCAUCCACAUGCGCAAGUCGCUCUACGGCUUCUUCUGGAAGCAGCUGGGCUCUCUGGAAGUGGUGUCGGGCUGCACCGUGGGCAUGCUCCGUGACGUCUACGACAACGACGGCAUCCGGCUGCGGCGGCGAGAGUACUACACCAUGCCAGGCUUCCGUAAGUACGAGAACGACACGGGACACAUCCUGGUGCAGUGGUCGCUGGGAAGUCCGUUCCACUUUGCCGGUUGGCACUGCUCGUGGUGCUUCACCCCCGAGGGGAUUCACUUUAAGCUCAUCUCGGCCCAGAACGGGGACUUCCCGCGAUGGGGCGACUACGAGGACAAGCGAGACCUUAAAUACAUCCGGGAGCUGAUCCGAACCGGGGGCUGGUUCGACGGCUCCGUGCAGGAGUACCCUCCUUCGGAUCCCAAGGAGCACAUGUACGCUCCCAAAUACAUGUUGGACCACUACGAGCAGUACCGGUACUUGCUGGAGAACCCGUACGAAACGAAGAUAAAUGGGGGGUAAGGCAGCACGCGGCAGGGGCUUUUCAGACGGUCUGCGGGAGAACCACGGGUGAGGGUUCCAGGAUGUCACGGGGUUCCGGGGAGAAAAGGGAUAAAACCAUGGCAACUUGUACAAUGCCCGCCCAUCAAAAGUCCGGCCCCCCUUUCCACACAGGCCCACCCACUGCUCCACGACCAUCCAAUGACAGGGUACACAGCAGUGGGUGGGGUUGGACUGGCAUGGUUGGACAUACCAAACAGCGCUGGCGCAAGACACCACAAGGAAGUGGAGCAAUGCUAAACUGUCCAUUGAUGUUGAUGUUGAUAUUGUGUGUGUGUCCCCCCCCCCCCAGAAUAACAGCCCUGACCAGGGAGGGCUCUCUCCUGUCGCAUCUUUCUGCUGUUGUGUCUACGAUGAACCCUGCAGCUCUCUCUGGACAUAUCUCAUAGAAGGGGGUCGGUCAGUCGGUCCUCAAUACCCUUCUGUCCUACAUACAAAACAACAAGCCCCCAUGCAUUCAGAGGAGAAAACACCAGGCUUAAUAUUAUUGCAUUGUUGGGAGUAGACUGGAGACUGAUCUCCUUUUUGUCCGAUCACCGUGAGUUUUGUGUUACCUUUUUGUUAUUGAAAGCGAGGGAAGGAGGAAGUGAAAGGAGAGAACGAGUGAACAAUACAGAUUGGUCUCUACUGCUUUUCAGUUCCUGUUUGCUCUGAGAAAGGCAUUUGAUGACCUUAAUUCACAUCAAGAUCCUGGUCGAAACGGCCGCUAUGACGGCCACUCUGCGCGAGUAACCGGUGGUGGCGAUAAGAGCUAGUCAUGUUAUUCAGAAGCAGAGCAACCAGUCGCUGAGUGUCAAGAGUCUUCAGCCUCAGUCCUGCAACUGGCCUCUGAGCUGAGCUAAGCUAAGCUGGCCUGGGGAGGAUUAGCUUUGAUAGCAGUCACUGGUGUUCUCAUGCAGGAAAUAUCACAGGUCACGCCGCCUGCUGCAAGCGGAGUAAUGUGCCGUGCUCCACGAAGGUGUCUGACAGGGAGGGGUCUGCUGGUGCUGUGGCUCAGAGCGCCCAGCAUGGG